CGGCCGCAGUCAGCGCAGUCAGUAUCGAACCACGAAACGGUUAGGUGUCACAGCGCCGUGAACUUCCAGGAAACGAUUGUAGAAGCUAACGAGAGUUUGCCACACCCCGUGGCCAUUUUGGUUGCAAGUGAUUGUUCGACAAAUAUCGAACGAUAGAGAGAAAUCCAACAUGGAUCAAAUCACGCCGAAAGAGGUGAAGAUUCUGGAGAAUCCAGAGGAUAUCCAGGAGAGGAGGGACCAGGUUUUGGGUCGGUAUGCGAACUUCAAAGCCGAAGCUCGGAGCAAGAGAGACAAACUCGAGGACUCCCGUCGCUUUCAGUAUUUCAAGCGAGAUGCGGACGAACUCGAGGGAUGGAUCUACGAAAAGUUGCAAGCUGCUUCAGACGAGAGCUACAAGGAUCCGACAAAUCUUCAGGCAAAGAUACAAAAACAUCAGGCAUUCGAGGCGGAAGUCGCAGCUCACUCCAACGCCAUUGUAUCGCUUGACAACACAGGCUCCGAAAUGAUAGCUCAGCAUCACUUUUUUAGCGAUGUGAUUCGCAAAAGAUUAGAGGAACUCCACGAUCUCUGGGAGCUGUUGCUCAGCCGACUGGCAGACAAGGGCCUCAAAUUGCAGCAGGCUUUGGUACUCGUGCAAUUUAUCAGACACUGCGACGAAGUCAUGUUUUGGAUCCACGAUAAAGAAGCAUUUGUUACGACCGAUGAAUUUGGACACGACCUGGAACACGUCGAAGUGCUUCAGAGGAAAUUCGAUGAAUUCCAAAAGGAUAUGGCUAGCCAGGAAUACAGAGUAACAGAAGUGAACGAAUUGGCAGACAAACUACUCUUGGACGGACAUCCUGAGCGUGAUACUAUUCUACGUAGAAAAGAGGAGCUGAACGAAUCCUGGCAAAGACUCAAGCAGCUUGCUGUUUUGAGACAGGAAAAACUCUUCGGUGCGCACGAGAUUCAACGAUUUAAUCGCGACGCGGAUGAGACGAUGGCAUGGAUAGCCGAAAAGGAUGUCGUACUGUCUUUCGAUGACUUUGGUCGGGAUCUCGCGAGCGUGCAGACGUUGCAAAGGAAACACGAGGGUAUUGAACGCGAUUUAGCUGCGUUGGAAGACAAAGUAUACUCUCUGGGAACAGAAGCCGAUCGUCUGGCCGCUAUUCAUCAAGCGGAUCAUUCGAAGCAGAUUCAAUCUAAGCGCGCGGAGAUCUUGCAAUCAUGGGAGAGUCUCACAGCGAAAGCGAAGGAGCGACGUCUGAAGCUGGACGAGUCUUACUAUUUACACAGAUUCCUGGCCGAUUACAGAGACUUGGUUUCUUGGAUGAAUGACAUGAAGGCGAUUAUAUCUGCGGACGAACUAGCCAAGGAUGUAGCUGGUGCAGAAGCCCUCGUCGAUAGACACCAGGAGCACAAGGGCGAAAUCGACGCUAGAGCCGAUAGCUUUGAUGCCACCACAUUAGCCGGCAACAAUCUUUUGGAGAAGAAACACUAUGCCGCGGAAGAAGUAGCUAAAAAGUUGAAUUCCCUUGCAGUGGAUAAGCAAUCGUUGCUGAGUCUCUGGGAAAAGAGGAGGAUCCUGUAUGAACAAUGCGUGGAUCUCCAACUAUACUACAGAGAUACGGAGCAGGCGGACGCGUGGAUGGCGAAGCAAGAAGCGUUCCUCGCGAACGAGGACUUGGGCGACUCCCUCGACAGCGUGGAAGCUCUGAUAAAAAAGCACGAGGACUUCGAUAAGUCCCUUGCCGCCCAAGAAGACAAGUUCAAGAUACUGGACGAGUUUGCUGGUAAACUGAUAGAAGGCGAACACUAUGCGGCGGACGAUGUGGCGCAGAGACGUCAGUCGCUUUUGGAGAGGCGCGCCGUUCUUCUGGAGAAAUCUGCUCAGAGGAGACGACGGCUGGAAGACGCCUACAAGUUGCAACAGUUCGAGCGUGACUGCGACGAGACCAAAGGCUGGGUGAACGAGAAACUGAAAUUCGCCACCGACGACAGUUACUUGGACCCCACCAACUUGAACGGCAAGGUGCAAAAGCAUCAGAAUUUCGAGCAAGAAUUAAACGCCAACAGCACUCGUAUGGCAGAGAUGGUAGCGACUGGUCAAGAGCUGAUCGAGGAUGAUCACUACGCCAGCGAUCGCAUCAGAACUCGCACCGACGAGAUCAUGAGGCUGUGGGAAUGUCUGACCCAAGCCACAGAGAAGAAAGGAGCGAAGUUGCAGGAGGCUUCUCAGCAGCAACAGUUCAAUCGUACCGUCGAAGACAUCGAGCUGUGGUUGUCCGAGGUCGAGGGUCAACUAAUGUCGGAGGACUAUGGCAAGGAUUUGACCAGCGUACAGAACCUUCAGAAGAAACACGCCCUGUUGGAGGCCGACGUCGCCUCGCACUCCGAUAGGAUCGACACCAUCGCCCAGGCCGCAGAACAGUUUGUGAAGUCGGGUCACUUCGACGCCAACAACAUCAAGGUCAAGCAGGACCAACUGCAGUCCCGAUACGCCGCCUUGCAGCGACCGAUGAGCGUUCGCAAGCAACGGCUGCUCGACUCUUUGCAAGUGCAGCAGUUGUUCAGAGACAUCGAGGACGAGGAGGCUUGGAUCCGCGAGAAGGAGCCUGUCGCGGCAUCCACCAACCGUGGCCGUGACCUGAUCGGCGUGCAGAACUUGCAGAAGAAACACCAGGCUGUUCUAGCCGAGAUAAACAACCACGAGCCACGUGUUGCAGCCGUCUGCCAGGCUGGAGCAACGAUGCUGCAGGAGAGCCACUUCGCCGCUGAGGAGAUCAGCCAACGCUUGGCUGCACUGGACGAGCACUGGGGCCAGUUGAAGGAAAAAGCUCGGCAGCGUAAGACCGACUUGGACGAUUCUCUUCAGGCCCACCAAUACUUUGCGGACGCUAACGAAGCAGAGUCUUGGAUGAAGGAGAAGAGACCCAUCGUGAUGAACGCCGACUACGGAAAGGACGAGGACAGCUCUGAGGCUCUGCUGAAGAAGCAUGAAGCGUUGGUUAGCGAUCUGGAGGCUUUCGCUAGCACUAUAGCUGCGCUGAAGGAACAAGCUCAAUCCUGUCGUCAACAGGAGACUCCCACGAUCGACAUCACCGGGAAGGAAUGCGUCGUCGCCCUGUACGAUUACACGGAGAAAUCGCCCAGAGAAGUGUCCAUGAAAAAGGGCGACACUCUGACGCUGCUAAAUUCCAACAACAAGGACUGGUGGAAGGUCGAGGUCAACGACCGUCAAGGUUUCGUUCCAGCUGCAUACGUAAAGCGAGUGGAACCAGAGGCCGGGCUCAGCGCUUCGCAACAGAACUUGGCCAGAGAGCAGAGCUCCAUUGCGGCCAGACAAGCGCAAAUCGAAGGUCAGUACGAUGACCUUCUGAGACUGGCACGCGAGCGACAGAACAAAUUGAACGAGACCGCAAAAGCGUACGUGCUUGUCAGAGAGGCUGCAGAGUUAGCUACUUGGAUCAAGGACAAGGAGAAUCACGCUCAAGUUCAGGACGUCGGUGAAGAUCUGGAACAGGUCGAGGUCAUGCAGAAGAAGUUCGACGAUUUCCAGGCGGACCUGAAGGCGAACGAAGUACGCCUCGCUGAAAUGAACGAGAUCGCUGUUCAGCUGAUGAGCUUGGGACAGACGGAGGCGGCCCUAAAGAUUCAGACGCAGAUUCAAGAUCUCAACGAAAAGUGGACCAGUCUACAAACUCUCACUGCCGAGCGAGCCAAUCAGUUGGGCUCAGCUCACGAGGUACAGCGGUUCCACCGUGACGUUGACGAGACCAAAGAUUGGAUUCGUGAGAAGGAUGCUGCUUUGAACAACGACGAUCUUGGGAAAGAUCUGCGCAGCGUACAGGCCCUGCAACGCAAGCACGAAGGUCUGGAGAGAGAUCUGGCAGCGUUGGGGGAUAAGAUCAAACAGCUGGAUGAGACUGCCAAUCGUCUGAUGCAGUCUCACCCGGAGACUGCUGAACAGACCUACGCCAAACAGAAGGAGAUCAACGAGGAGUGGACUCAGUUAACUGCGAAAGCCAACAGUAGGAAAGAGAAACUGUUGGAUUCGUACGACCUCCAGCGCUUCCUCAGCGAUUACAGAGAUUUGAUGGCUUGGAUCAAUUCGAUGAUGGGUCUGGUCGCUACUGAAGAGCUGGCUUCAGAUUCUACCGGUGCCGAAGCUUUGCUGGACCGUCAUCAGAAUCACAGGGCAGAGAUAGACGCACGAUACGGCGUACUUCCAGAGGAACAUCGUAUAGAGAUCGAUGCCAGAGCAGGUACCUUCCAGGCGUUCGAGCUGUUUGGCCAGCAGCUUCUGCAGUCCAGUCACUAUGCGAGCGUCGAGAUCCAGGAGAAGUUGGAGUCUAUGGCUGAAGCGAGACAAGAGCUGGAGAAAGCCUGGGUUCAGAGACGCAUGCAACUCGAUCAGAAUUUGGAGCUGCAGCUUUUCUGCAGAGACUGCGAGCAAGCUGAGAACUGGAUGAGCGCCAGGGAAGCUUUCCUGAGCAGCGCGGACACCGUAGACAGCAGUGACAACGUCGAGGCUCUGAUAAAGAAGCACGAAGAUUUUGACAAAGCGAUCAAGUCCCACGAAGAUAAAAUUGCUACCCUACAGACUCUGGCGGAUCAAUUGAUAGCGGCCGAACAUUAUGCCGCCAAGCCGAUCGACGAGAGACGUUGCCAAGUCUUGGACCGCUGGAAGCACCUCAAGGACGCUCUCAUCGAGAAACGUUCAAAGCUCGGAGAGUCGCAGACCUUGCAGCAAUUUUCGCGAGAUGCCGACGAAAUGGAGAACUGGAUCGCCGAGAAAUUGCAGUUGGCGACCGAGGAGAACUACAAGGACCCUGCGAACAUCCAGUCGAAGCACCAAAAACAUCAGGCGUUCGAGGCAGAGUUGGCAGCAAACGCGGACAGAAUCCAGUCUGUGCUCGCCAUGGGAGGCAAUUUGAUAGAGAAGCAUCAGUGUGCCGGUUCCGAGGACGCUGUUCAGAAGAGGUUGGCCUCGAUCGCGGACCAAUGGGAAUAUCUCACGCAGAAGACAACCGAGAAGUCCAUGAAGUUGAAGGAAGCAAACAAGCAACGCACCUAUAUAGCCGCUGUCAAGGACCUCGACUUCUGGCUCGGUGAAGUUGAGAGUCUGCUGACAUCUGAGGACGCGGGCAAGGAUCUGGCCUCGGUGCAAAACCUGAUGAAGAAGCAUCAGUUGGUUGAAGCUGACAUUCAAGCUCACGAGGAGAGGAUCAAAGACAUGAACGGCCAGGCGGAUUCGCUAAUAGAGAGUGGCCAGUUCGAUGCAGCCGGUAUCCAAGAGAAACGACAGAGUAUAAACGAGCGCUACGAGAGAAUUCGCAAUCUGGCUGCCCAUCGACAGGCCAGACUAAACGAAGCCAACACCUUGCAUCAGUUCUUCAGAGAUAUCGCCGACGAGGAGUCCUGGAUCAAGGAGAAGAAACUAUUGGUCGGUUCGGACGACUAUGGUCGCGACCUAACUGGCGUUCAGAAUCUGAAGAAAAAACACAAGAGGCUGGAAGCAGAGUUGGGUAGUCACGAGCCCGCUAUUCAAGCAGUCCAGGAAGCUGGGGAAAAGCUAAUGGACGUUUCAAAUCUGGGUGUUCCCGAGAUAGAGCAACGUUUGAAGUUGCUGAACCAAGCUUGGGCGGAAUUAAAGCAACUGGCUGCUACUAGAGGACAGAAAUUAGACGAAUCGCUGACUUAUCAGCAGUUCCUAGCCAAGGUAGAAGAAGAAGAGGCUUGGAUCACGGAGAAGCAACAACUGCUAUCCGUUGAGGAUUAUGGCGACACCAUGGCUGCGGUACAAGGUCUUCUGAAGAAGCACGACGCAUUCGAAACAGAUUUUGCCGCUCACGGAGAACGUUGCAAGGGUAUAUGCGAAGCUGGCGAGGCUUUAAUCAAGGCUGGCAAUCAUCGUGCAGACGCUAUAGCUCAGCGAUGCGCCCAACUGCGAAACAAAUUGGAACAACUUGGCGCUCUUGCUGCUAGAAGGAAAACUAGGCUCAAUGACAACUCUGCCUACUUGCAGUUCAUGUGGAAGGCCGACGUCGUCGAAUCCUGGAUUGCCGACAAGGAAACCCACGUUCGCUCCGAAGAAUUCGGACGGGAUCUGUCCACCGUUCAGACACUGCUCACCAAGCAGGAAACGUUCGACGCAGGUCUACACGCGUUCGAACACGAGGGUAUUCAAAAUAUCACCUCGUUGAAGGAGAUGCUGGUGAAAUCGGGACACGAUCAAACGCCCAGCAUUCAGAAACGCCAUGCGGACGUUAUCGCACGCUGGCAGAAGCUUCUGGCCGACUCUGACGCCAGAAAACAACGCCUAUUGAGAAUGCAGGAACAGUUCAGGCAAAUUGAAGAAUUGUAUCUGACGUUCGCUAAGAAGGCGUCCGCUUUCAACUCGUGGUUCGAAAAUGCCGAGGAAGAUCUAACCGAUCCUGUUCGCUGCAACAGCAUCGAGGAAAUUCGUGCACUGAGAGAGGCUCACGCGCAGUUCCAGGCUAGCCUGUCCUCCGCCGAGGCUGAUUUUGAAGCAUUAGCUGCUUUGGAUAGACAAAUCAAGAGCUUCAACGUUGGUCCCAACCCGUACACCUGGUUCACAAUGGAGGCGUUAGAGGAUACAUGGAGGAAUCUGCAGAAGAUCAUCAAGGAGCGUGACGUGGAACUCGCAAAGGAAGCUCAACGCCAAGAGGAGAACGAUAAACUGCGAAAAGAAUUUGCUAAACAUGCCAACGCAUUCCAUCAAUGGUUGGCCGAGACAAGAACGUCCAUGAUGGAGGGGUCAGGGUCCCUAGAACAACAGUUGGAAGCUACAAAGAGGAAGACGCAAGAGGUUCGCGCUCGUCGUCAAGAUUUGAAAAAGAUAGAAGAUCUGGGAGCCAUUCUGGAGGAACACCUGAUCCUGGACAAUCGAUAUACAGAGCACAGCACAGUAGGGUUGGCGCAGCAAUGGGACCAGUUGGAUCAGUUGGGAAUGCGUAUGCAGCAUAACCUGGAGCAACAGAUACAAGCACGAAAUCAAUCCGGUGUUUCUGAAGAUGCUCUUAAGGAGUUCUCCAUGAUGUUCAAGCACUUCGACAAGGACAAGAGUGGACGUCUCAACCAUCAAGAAUUCAAAUCCUGCCUAAGAGCGCUUGGCUACGACCUGCCCAUGGUGGAAGAAGGACAACCGGAUCCAGAAUUUGAGAACAUCCUUGAUAUUGUAGAUCCUAACAGAGACGGUUAUGUGUCGCUACAAGAGUACAUGGCGUUCAUGAUCAGCAAGGAAACAGAGAACGUGCAAAGUUCGGAAGAAAUCGAGAACGCUUUCCGUGCAAUCACAGCUGCAGAUCGGCCGUACGUUACGAAAGAAGAACUGUACGCUAAUCUCACCAAAGAAAUGGCCGAUUACUGCGUUGCCCGCAUGAAACCAUACGUCGACCCGAAGACAGAACGACCUAUCACAGGGGCAUUAGAUUAUAUCGAAUUUACUCACACACUUUUCCAAAAUUAAUUUCCGAACUUAAUUACACAUAAAUUAUUCUCUUUUUAAUACAACGACGAUUAAAUGAUAGCAGCAGAAACGUAAGACGCUUACUUGUUUUAUUAAACACCUCGCUACUUUCACGGAACGUAUAUGUAAUCAAUCUUGAUAUUACGCUUGACAUCAUUAAUCUUGAUUUUAUUUGCAGCACGCGUUUCGCGACUUGGUCUUUGUAUCGGUACAUGCAGUAUCUAUUAAUGGAGCAUCUUCAGAAAUAAAUUAUGCAUUUUAAGUAGAAA